ACCUCUGGCUGCGCUCCACGCGCAGUUCUGGCUCCAGGGUGAGCCAGCAGCGGGGCGGGGCGGGAGAGGGCGCUUUAUAGCGCGCGGGGUCGGGGGAGACCGGGGAGCGCAGCGCGCGGCACUUACAGGCUGGAGAGCCCGCAGUCCGCGCCCCCGGUCCCCCGCGCUCCCAGCCCUCGGGCCCCCGCGCUCCCGGCCCGGCCGGCAGAGCCAGGCUCGUGCCGCCGGCCCGCGCACCCAACAUAGUCUUGCACGGCCCCGCAUCCCGAGGGGGCGCAAGCAGUUCCCCCGCGCCCUGGAACCGGCUGGCGGGCAAAAGACAGCCCCGAGUGGGAGACUCCAAGAAAAAGGCUUUUCAAAAUUAAAGUGUGAGGUACUGAGCUCGCCUUAGAAACAUGUUCCUGUUUAUCUUCCUCAUCAUAACUUGUGUCCAAGCACAGUCUGUGACCCAGGAUGUUGGUCCUGAGUUUGCUGAUGUUGUGUUCCUGGUGGAUAGCUCUGAUCACCUAGCGAGUAAGUUCUCUUUUGUGAGAACCUUCAUCUCCAAGACGAUCAACAGUCUGCCCAUUGAAGCCAACAAGUUCCGUAUUGCCCUCGCCCAGUAUAGCGAUGAUCUGCGCCAGGAGUUCCUGCUGAGCCCUUUCAUGGCCAAGGGCGCCAUAUUGAAUUACAUCAAGAGGAACUUCACCAAUGUUGGAGGAUCUUUGCGAAUAGGCAACGCUCUCCAGAAAGUCCACAAGACCUACUUCUCUGGGCCAGUCAGUGGAAGAGACAAGAGCCAGUUUCCCCAGAUUCUGGUAGUUCUGGCUUCAGCCCACUCUGAGGAUGAUGUAAAGGGGCCAGCCAACGCUCUGCAGAGAGAUGGGGUGAAAAUCAUCUCACUGGGGAUGCAGAAUGCUUCGGAAGAAAACCUAAAAGCCAUGGCCACAUCUAAGUUUCAUUACAACCUAAGAACAGUGAGAGAUGUGGCCACAUUUUCCACAAAUAUGACCAAUAUCAUUAAAGAAGUGGUAAAAUACAAGGGAGCAGAUGAUGCUGAUGUGGAAGUUUGUCAUGGCACUUCUGUGGCUGAUGUCGUAUUUCUCCUGGACAACUAUGUCAAUGGCACCAAGGAAAAUUUGGAAUAUCUUAAAAGUUUCCUAGAAGAGAGCGUGUCCUCCUUUGAUGUGAAAGAGAGCUGUAUGAGGAUUGGCCUAGUGACCUACAGCAAUGAGACAAAGGUGAUUCGUAACCUGGGCACUGGGAUCAACAAGUCAGAGAUUCUGCAAGAGAUAAAGAACCUAUCUCCCAGAGCUGGGAGAGCUCGUGCUGGAGCCGCCAUCACAAAGCUCAGGAAAGAGGUCUUCAAUGUCCGCAGAGGCAGCCGAAAGAUGCAGGGGGUCCCUCAAAUAGCCAUUCUAGUCACUCACAGACCAUCAGAAGAUAAUGUUUCUGUAGCUGCACUUGACCUUCGGCGUGAAGGCGUGACUGUGUUCACUGUGGGCCUGGAAGGUUCUAAUUAUACCCAGUUAGAACAAAUCUCAUCCUACCCUCCAGAAAAGUAUAUUUCCAAACUGAAAACAUUUUCAGACUUGGCAGCCCAUAAUCAGACAUUUCGGAAGAAACUCAGGAAUGAAAUACAGUACAAGGUAUCCAUCCUGUCAGAACGGACCGAACACCUGAAAUCUGGUUGUGUGGAAACUGAAGACGCGGACAUUUAUUUACUCAUUGAUGGCUCAGGAAGUAUCCACCCAACAGACUUCCAGGAAAUGAAAACAUUUUUGUCAGAAGUGAUAGGAAUGCUCAGCAUAGCACCCCAUAAAGUCAGAGUUGGAGCCGUUCAGUAUUCCGACAGAUGGCAACUGGAAUUUGAGAUCAACCAAUACUCAAACAAAAAUGACUUGGGCAAGGCUAUUGACAAUAUCCGGCAGAUGGGAGGCAACACCAACACAGGCGCAGCCCUGGAUUUUACUCUUGGGCUUCUCCAAGAAGCAAAGCGUCAACGAGGAAACAAGGUACCAUGUCAUCUGAUUGUUUUGACAGAUGGGUUGUCAGAUGAUCCCGUUAAGGACCCUUCCAAGAAACUGCAUGAUGAGCACAUCGAUGUGUUUGCCAUUGGUGUCAAGGAGGCAAAUCGAACUCAGUUGCUAGAAAUUGCUGGGUCAGAAAAGAGAGUUUACUAUGUAUAUAACUUUGAUUCUUUGAAAGACAUAAAAAAUGAAGUUGUUCAAGGAAUCUGUUCUGAAGAAGCUUGUAAAGAUAUGAGAUCCGAUAUCAUGUUUCUCGUGGAUAGUUCUGGGAGUAUAGGAGCUGAAAAUUUCGCUAAAAUGAAGACGUUUAUGAAAAACCUGGUGAGCAAGUCUCAGAUUGGAGCAGACCAAGUACAAAUUGGCGUCGUCCAGUUCAGCGAUGUGAACAGGGAAGAAUUUCAGCUCAAUAGAUAUAGGACCCAACGUGAAAUUGCUGAUGCAAUAGAUAGAAUGCCUCUCCUAGACCAGACAACCAUGACGGGAAGUGCUCUGACCUUUGUCUCUGACUACUUCCAUACCUCCAAAGGGGCACGUCCCAAUGUCAAAAAGUUUCUCAUCCUCAUCACAGAUGGAGAGGCUCAGGACCUGGUCAAGGACCCAGCUCUGGCUCUUCGGCAAGAUGGAAUAAUUAUCUACUCUGUGGGAGUGUAUGGAUCAAAUCAAACCCAGCUAGUGGAAAUCAGUGGGAGGCGUGAUUUGGUUUUUUAUGUGGAGAAUUUUGAUAUUCUAAAGCGCAUAGAAGAUCAACUCAUUUUUGGCAUAUGUAGCCCCCAUGAAGAAUGCAAACAGAUAGAAGUGUUAGAUGUAGUAUUCAUCAUUGACAGCUCUGGCAGCAUAGCCCCGGAUGACUAUAACAUCAUGAAGAACUUCAUGAUUGAGCUGGUGAAAAAAGCCGAUGUUGGCAAGAACCGAGUUCAGUUUGGAGCCCUGAAAUACUCUAAUGAGCCCGAGAUAAUUUUUUAUCUUGAUGAACAUGACACAAAGUCCAAGGUGAUUUCGGUUCUCCAGAGUGAUUCUCCCCUAGGAGGAGACACGUACACUGCCAAAGCCCUGGCCUUUUCGGAGCACAUGUUCACCGAGCCCCGGGGCAGCCGCAUUCACAGAAGGGUCCCCCAGGUCCUCAUCGUGAUCACAGAUGGGGUAUCCCACGACGCAGACAAGCUCAACGCCACGGCCAAAGCACUAAGGGACAAAGGAAUCCUCAUCCUGGCAGUGGGCAUCAAAGGAGCCAACACUAAGGAGCUGUUGGCAAUAGCCGGAUCGGAAGACAAGUAUUUCUUUGUGGAAACCUUCGGGGGCCUGAAGGGCAUAUUCUCAAAUGUGUCAGACAGUAUCUGUGCUCCUUCAAAAGUAGAUUGUGAAAUUGAAAGUGCAGAUCUUGUUUUCCUUGUUGAUGGUUCUACUAGCAUACAACCACAUGACUUCCAGAAAAUGAAGGAUUUUUUAGUAUCUGUAGUAGAUGAUUUUGACAUCAGACCUAGCAAAGUGCAUGUUGGACUGGCUCAAUUCAGUGAUAGCUACAAGUCUGAGUUUUAUCUGGGGAAAUUCACAACGGAAAAGGAAGUUUCUGCUCAAAUUGAAAGGAUCUACCAGAUCUUUGGAAAUACCCACAUUGGAGCUGCGCUGAGGCAAGUGGAGGAAUAUUUCCGACCAGAGAUGGGCAGCAGAAUAAAUAGAGGCACCCAGCAGGUUUUAUUGGUCCUCACUGAUGGGCAAUCCCAAGAUGAGUUGGCUAAGGCUGCUGAAGACCUAAGAAGGAAAGGAAUUGAUAUAUACUCUUUGGGCAUUGGGGAUGUAGAUGAGCAGCAGCUCAUUCAGAUAACUGGAACAUCGGAGAAAAAACUAACGGUCGAUAACUUUGACGAGCUGAAAAAGAUCAAAAAAAGGAUAGUCCGCAACAUCUGUACAUCAGGCGGUGAAAGCAGUUGUUUUGUGGAUGUCGUCGUGGGCUUUGACAUCUCAUCUCAACAGAAAGGGCAGCCUUUAUUUCAAGGUCAGGCUUGGAUGAAGACUUAUCUUCAGGACGUGUUACGUGACAUCAGUUCCCUAAAUGGGGUGAGCUGUGAAGUGGGAUCUCAGACUCAGGUCAGCGUGGCCUUUCAAGUGACAAAUGCCAUGGAUAAAUUUUCCCCCAAGUUUGAGAUUUACAGUGAAAGUAUCCUGAACUCCUUGAAGAAUGUAUCCAUUAAGGAGCCGUCUCGCCUCAAUGCACCUUUCUUGAAUUCACUUUGGGAUGCCUUUCAGAAUAAAUCUACUACUCGAGGAAAGGUGCUGCUAUUAUUUUCAGAUGGAUUGGAUGAUGAUAUUGAAGUACUUGAACAAAAAUCUGAUCAACUUCGAAAAGAAGGGCUCAACGCUUUGAUAACCGUUGCUCUGGAAGAAGCUACUGAUGCAAAUGACCUAGCUGAUCUUCUGUACAUUGAAUUUGGGAAAGGAUUUGAUUAUAGGACUCAGUUAACAAUCGGCAUGAGAGAUUUGGGAAGCAGGCUCUCAAAAUAUCUGGCUAAUGUUGCUGAAAGGACAUGUUGCUGUUUGCUUUGCAAGUGUUCUGGGGGAGAUGGUGCCGUUGGAGUACCAGGCACACCAGGGAAGAAGGGACUUCUAGGUUUUAAAGGCAGUGAAGGCCACUUGGGAGAAGAAGGUGUCCCUGGAGAAAGAGGCUCCCCUGGACCAGUGGGAGAGGAAGGCAUUAAAGGAUGCCAUGGGAGCAAAGGGCCCAAGGGAAACAGGGGACUCAGUGGAGAGGAGGGAGAAAUUGGGGAACUCGGGAUUAAUGGGAUCAAUGGAGAACAGGGUGAAGGCGGCCUUCCAGGAACAAAAGGAGAAAAAGGAGAUGAAGGUUCCCAGGGCAACCCUGGGAAGAAAGGACCCCCAGGUGACAGUGGCCAAAGGGGAGUGCGAGGAGAUCCUGGCAACCCUGGAUCAGACAAUAACAGAAAUGGACUCACGGGCCCAAAAGGAGAAAGGGGAAGACAAGGAAGGCGUGGACAGCCAGGGACACCAGGAUCUCCGGGCUCCCGAGGAGACACACCAAUACAUGGCCGACGAGGACCAAGAGGCCCACAGGGGAUAAAUGGAAUUUCUGGUCUGGUUGGUCAUCAAGGAGCAUUGGGAUUAAAAGGACCUGAGGGCCCAAGAGGAGAUCCUGGCACAAAAGGAGCAAAAGGAAAUCUAGGAAAUAAAGGCCCCUCGGGUCCUCCAGGACCAAAUGGUGGUAAAGGGAGUCCUGGCAGCCUGGGGAGAAGAGGAAAUAAGGGAGAGCCAGGGUCUCCAGGAGAGAAAGGAGCAGUUGGAUCAUCUGGAUAUCGUGGAAUGCCGGGAGAGGAUGGAAGCGCAGGGUAUGGCAGAAGUGGAAGAAAAGGAGAAAAGGGACAAGAAGGAUUCCCAGGAGAUAGUGGACCAAAGGGGGAAGUUGGUGAUCCUGGAAGGCCAGGAGAAGUUGGACCAAAAGGAUAUAAAGGAAGAACGAGCCCUUCAGGACCACUGGGGGAACCAGGAUCUCCUGGAUCCCAUGGACCUUCAGGACAGAAGGGCCCAAAAGGAGCAAAGGGUUGGACUUCAUUUUCGACCUGUGAUGUCAUUGAGUUUAUACGGGACCAUAGCCCUUGCUGGAAGGGAAAGCCGGAAUGUCCCGUCCAUCCCACCGAGUUGGUGUUUGCUUUGGAUCUGUCCCGAGACGUGUCGGAGGAGGAGUUCGAUCGAAUGAAGGAGAUGACUAUUGCAAUUGUGAACGACCUCCGAAUCAGGGAAGGCAACUGCCCUGUGGGGGCCCGGGUGGCUGUGGUCUCCUACAACUCCAAGACCCGGCAUCUCCUCCGGCUGUCUGACUCCCGGGACAAGAGCCAGCUGCUGCAGGAGAUUAAAGCUCUCCGUUUUGAGCCCUCCUCAGGGGAGAGGGAGAUUGGCAAGACCAUGAGGUUCGUGGCCCGGAACGUCUUCAAGAGAACCCUUCCCGGGGCCAACACAAGGAAGAUCACCACCGUUUUCAGCGCUGACAGGUCCGUGGACGCGUCCUCCAUCGUCACGGCCACCAUGGAAUUCAACGCUCUCGAUGUCAUUCCCGUCGUGAUUGCUUUUAACAACGUGCCUGCCGUCAAGCGCGCUUUCACGAUUGAUGACACCGGCACCUUUCAGGUGCUGACCAUCCCCCCGAGGGCCGACUACCGGCCGAUGCUGAGGAGACUCCAGCAGUGCACGUUCUGCUACGACAGAUGCAAGCCAGAAGUUUCCUGUGAGGAGGCGAAACCCCCAGCGGUCCCAUCCUAUAUAGAUGCGGCCUUCCUUUUCCAAGGUUCCCGAGAUGUGGGAAGCGCCGAGUUUGAGGAUGUGAAGGCUUUCCUGAAAGCAGUCUUGGACAACUUUGACGUGGCCUUUGAACCCGAGACCUCUGCCGUUGGGGAUCGUGUUGCACUGCUGAGUCAUGCUCCUCCGGGCUUUGUCCCAAAUAGCCAGUCAAGCCCGGUCCGGACGGAGUUCAACUUCACCACCUACAACAAUAAACGCCUGAUGAAGAGACAUGUGGAAGAAUCGGUUCAACAGCUAAACGGGGAAGCUUUCUUGGGCCAUGCCCUGCAGUGGACAGUGGACAAUAUCUUUACAGGCACCCCCAACCUGAGAAAAAACAGAGUCAUUUUUGUGGUAUCUGCUGGAGAAACAAGUUAUUUGGACAAGAAAGUCUUGAAGAGAGAAUCUCUGCGGGCCAAAUGUCAAGGUUACGCCAUAUUUGUGUUCUCUCUUGGCUUCUCACACAAUGACGAGGAGCUCGAAGAAUUAGCAAGCCUCCCCCUCGAUCACCACUUGGUCCAACUUGGCCGAAUUCAGAAACCAGACCAUGGCUACGGGGUGAAGUUUGUGAAAUCCUUUAUAAACUCCGUCAGACGUGCAAUCAACAAGUAUCCGCCAAUAAACUUUAAAGCAAAAUGCAAUAAAAUCAAUCUUCCGGAACCGGUGCAGCCUUCCAAACGGCAAAGCCACCUCCUUGCCCGUAUUGGACCACUCGAAGAGAGAUUUCUGUCCAAAAAGCUUCUCUCAAGAGUAACACGGGGGAAUGCUGUUUGGAACAUUCGUGGUUAUACCAGGAAUAUGUCCCGUCCCCUUAAAACUGGAAACAGAAUGCCACGCAUUGUUCCCAAGACUCAUCUUUAAAGAAGCUGUGAAGUGCAAAGCCAGUCCACGUUGGGUAGCAAUGUGGCAAGUCAUUAUGUCCACAGGACCAGCCUGAAAAGCUUAAGUAACUGAACCCACAAUCAGGAAGUCAUGUUUGCAUGGGGAUAAAUUUCCUGAAGCUAGAAACCUAGGGCUGCGCCUGAAUUUGACACUGACCUUGGCAUACUGUUGGUCCUGUCAUAUGUACGCCCAGCAUUUAUGUGAUUAGGUACCCAGACCAUUCCAACGAUCAAAGACUGAAGCUUCAGAGUGCUGUGAUAAAUGGAAGAAGAUAGGAGAAUCAAAGAACUGAGGUGCUGUUUUGCAAUUGUAUUUAAACACACUGAAAAGUCUGGUGCUUAUAUUGCAGAUGUGAGCCGUGAGCAGCACGUACAUGGGCUCGUAACAGUGCUGUUGGUUUUACGGUCAGAUUUAUACAUACCCAACUCGCCCUCUCCACUUAGAGCUGCUCAGUGCUCAAAAAUACAUUGCCGUGGUGGUUGUUUUGCUUGGUUAUUUUCAGAUGCUGUUUAACCAUCCAAACCAUCUGCCUUUUCCCUCAAGCACUCUACUGUGGGUCCCGUUAACACCAGCUCCUUUCAGAAGUAAGACUGGGUCAGCCAAGUUGUCAUUUGUUGACUUCCGAGAUCAGGAUGUAGCAGCGCCUUGUCCUUUCUUUUCAUUUAUUCCCAUUCAUCAGCCCAGAUAGGUCAGUCUUUAAUACAUGAGCCAGAUGUCUUCUGCACAUCUUUCUUCAUCUCACCUGCAAGAGAAACCCCACCACAACCCAAGCUCUGCCCACUUCACUCAGGCAAAAGGACAGACCCAGCUUCUGCAGGCUUCAGCAGACAGGAGCUCCCAGGAGUUUUAUGUAAUAUUCAUACUCAGGUGUCAAAGGGGAAAUGACAUAGCACAUCUGGUUUUUGUGGUUUAUUCGGUUGGUUUUCCCUUAAUAUAGGCGAGGAACAUUCCAGUUCAGAUUGUUAAAUAUAAAAUCUUAACUGAAAUUUUUUUUAAAGAGAAGUUCUGAUUAAUUGAAUUUUUUGUCAACUUAAGCAGAAAAGGUGUUUGGUUUUUUGGUUCGAUUCUGGUUACUGGGGGGGAAAAAUGUCAGACGCAUAUUAGUCUGUUUUGGUAAAUAAAAUCAUCUUUUUUUGGUGAUUGAUGUUCCUUCUAAUAAAUCCUUCCAAAUAUGAAUUCUUAUUGUAUUGGACUGUAGGUGUACAAGAUAAGAGAUUGGCCUUAGCAUGUACCAGUUCUAGAACCUAGAGUGGAAGUUAAUUUUUUUAAAAGUAAAUAAAUCCCACUGUCAACUUA